AUGACGGCUUUGGACGCCAUCGUCGCUCCGAAGCGCACAACACGUUAUUUUUUUGUUUCACUUCUGACCACAAGUCGUCUCACCUCGGCCCCGCUGGGGAAACGUGCUGGCUGCUCGAGUCGUGCCACCAGUCGGAACGAAGCGCCGCGGCGACAUAAGGCGAUGACGACCCUGAGCGGUGGAUUGGGCGGUGAGCAGCGCGGCAUAAUCGCUGGCGUUGGAUGCCGGUCUUUGCCCUCAUACGGGCCGUGUGGAAAUCUGCUGGCGCCUCUUCUUGUCUUUCCCCGGUCGCGUGGGCAGACGUGCGAUCAGACGCUCCCUGACGCACCGAUGCCCGUUUUACGAGCAGGUGAUGCGGCGGGCGCCAUCGCAUCUGCGGGCGCUCGUGGCGUGCGGCGUCUUUGCCCUCCUGCACGACCGGCCGUUUCCGCCCGGUGCCGGAGGGCGCGGAUGUGGUCUGCCGCGGCGUUCAGCAGGCGGUGGAUGACGUGGGCGAUUGCGAUUUCUUCCUGA